CCCACAUUUCUUAGUGCAGACUUUGUUAGUUGAUCAUGACUAGUAGAACAUCCACAAAUCUAGGAGUGUUUAGAGGGUCAGUCACAGAUAUGGAUGUGGAACCCGGAUUCUAUCGGCAUGUGGACGUCCCGGACCAUGUUCACUACAUCGUUGCAUUCUUCGUUUUGGUGAUCGGAGCAGUUGGGGUUACAGGAAACGCCUUGGUCAUGUAUGCCUUUUCCUGCAACAAGAAGCUUCGCACACCUCCUAAUUUUUUUAUCAUGAAUCUGGCAAUCAGUGACUUCCUUAUGGCAAUCACACAGUCGCCCAUCUUCUUCAUUAACUCCCUUUAUAAGGGGUGGAUUUUUGGGGAAACAGGCUGUAAAAUGUACGCCUUCUGUGGAGCUUUAUUUGGGAUCACUUCAAUGAUAAACCUUCUGGCCAUCUCCCUGGACCGCUACAUAGUCAUCACCAAGCCUCUUCAGUCCAUAGCGUGGACCUCUGCAAGACGCACUUGCCUUAGCAUUGCCCUGGUCUGGCUGUAUUCAUUUGCUUGGAGUCUUGCACCACUUCUGGGUUGGAGCUCAUAUAUACCAGAGGGCCUGAUGACCUCAUGUACGUGGGACUACGUGACAUCCACGCCAGCCAAUAAGAGUUAUACCCUGAUGUUGUGCUGCUUUGUGUUCUUCAUCCCCCUGGGCAUUAUAUCAUACUGCUAUUUGUGCAUGUUCCUGGCCAUUCGUCAUACAAGCAGGGAUGUGGAAAAGCUGGGGUCCCAGAUGAGACAGUCAACCUUGAUCCAACAGCAGUCCAUCAAGACUGAAUGGAAGCUGGCUAAGAUUGCCUUUGUGGUCAUCAUAGUGUUUGUGCUUUCCUGGUCACCCUAUGCAUGUGUCACACUCAUCGCCUGGGCUGGAUAUGGAAGCAUUCUCAAUCCCUAUUCUAAAGCUGUCCCUGCUGUUAUAGCAAAGGCAUCAGCAAUCUACAACCCUUUUAUCUACGCCAUCGUUCACUCCAAAUACAGGGAUACCCUAGCAGAAAAAGUCCCCUGUCUUCAAUUCCUGUCCAAUACCUCCAGAAGGGACUGCAUAUCAGUGUCACACAGCAAAAGCUCUAUCAGGGACUCAAUGCUGAGCAGACAGUCAUCAGUCUCCAAAACGCAGUUUCACAGAGUUUCCUCCAUGUCAACAUCAGACACACAGGUUUGGAGUGAUGUGGAGCUUGAUCCUAUAGAUCAGAGUCAUUCUCUGAAGUCCAGUCAUUCCAGAGCUCUAAGGGAAAAAGAGUACCAAUCAUUAACAGAACAGGCUAUGGAAGAAAGAAGUCAAAGCCAGGAAUAGGUAAGUUUGUGAAUGGAGUAAUGCCCUCAGCCUGGGGGAGGAGAAUCUCGAAAGCUGGAAUAAAAAGAAACAGGAUGUCGAGGAAGAGUUUGAAUAUGAAGAAACAGAGGCACAGCAAGU